ACGAAACCAAGUUUCCUUCUUCCUCCUUCAUUGGCGGUUACUCAGCCUUUCACGCCGAGAAUUUCUCUUAUUUUUCCCACACACACCACGUGUGUGUUUAAACAAAAAGUCCCCUAGUGAUCAUAGUUUGGUAGCUGAACCAAAUCGCCGAACCAUGGAUUCACUCUCAUCAGUCUCCACUUCCAUAGUUCUCCCUCCCAGUAAUCCCCUCCGUCUUCGCAGUCGACAGGUUCGCUUCUCUUCUCGCACAAUUCACAGUCGUUUUUCUGCUCUUUCCUCUUCCUUGGUCGGACGCCGUACUAGCAGAUUUCCGCGAGUCUUAUGUAAAACCAGCACCGGAAAUAAAGAUGAUGAUGACGGCAACCAAGAAAUUGAGAGAGCCCUGCACUUGGACGGAACCAUUCCUGGGAGUUCGAACGAGUUUGUAAAGCGAGUCUCUUCACGGGCUUAUGAUAUGCGCAGACAUUUACAUCAGACUUUCGACACCAGCAGCUAUGACGUUCUAGAGGCAAACCCAUGGAGAGAAGAUUCAAAGCCUGUAUAUGUACUAACCCACAAUGAAAACCAGUUAUGCACGAUGAAAACUCGAAGGAAUCGGAGUGAAGUUGAAAGGGAGCUUGGGUUAUUGUUUUCCAAAGGAGGAAAGUGGAGGUCCCAAAUUGGAAAUCAAUCUAAACAGUCUAGAGGUGGAACAAAAUUCCAGAUGCUUGUGGAGGAUGUUAGGGAGGGAGUGCUUGUAUUUGAAGAUGAGAAUGAAGCUGCACGAUAUUGUGACUUGCUGCAGGGAGGAGGUAAAGGUUGUGAAGGUGUUGCAGAGAUUGAAGCCUCAUCAGUAUUUGAUCUCUGCCAAAAAAUGAGGGCCUUGGCUGUUUUGUUCCGCAAGGGAAGAACUCCUCCUCUACCUCAGAGCUUGGAGCUCAAUCUCAGGGCCCGAAAACGGUCCCUUGAAGACCAAGAGGACUUGGUGUGAGAGAAAUGGUGGCAUGAAAGUAUGAAAAAUAGAACUAAAUAUCUGUAAAAUGUAAAUUCAUUUGUCGGUGGUGAAGUAAAUAUGAUGAUUAUACGAAAAGGUCCUUGAGUUGCAUAUGAUAAUAAUGCGCAAUUGUAAUGGUAAUUUUGCUUUUGUAGUUCACCCAAAAGCCCUGUAUUUGAUGUGAUCUUAUAAAAAUUAUUGAACUCCAGAA